UCACACAAACGCACACUCUCUCUUACUCUGUCUGAGGAAUCCAAGAAGAAGAAAAUCAUUCAGACAACCAAACCCAUUUCAUUUUCCUCUGUUUAACAGAUAAUUCCGUUCGAGAAUCUCACAGAAAAACAAAAAAAAAAAAAUGAAGGGGAUGAAAGGAAAGUUCAUGAAGAAGCUCAAAUCGAUCAAACAAGUGGGGUAUCUGAAGCAAGAUCGAAUUCUCCAGCUGAAGGCCUCAGAUGGGUACGUCGAUUUUCUUCCAAAGAUUCCGACUUUCAAUCUCCACUCCCCGUUUGUUUCCCGAGAAAAUAAGCCUGAGAAAGUUGUUCAGGAGAAGAAACCUGAGAUAAUAGAUGUGGCGGAGCUGAUGAAAGACCUUGAAGAAGAAGAAGAAAAUGAUGAAAUGGAUUUGGAUGAUUACAAUGACAACAAAGAGAACAUAGGUCCGUGUUCACAGAAACCCCCACAACACAACAAGGGUGCUUCACAGAAUGGAAACAGAGAAAAAACAGAGUCAAAACAGAGAGGGGUUUUGGGAGAAAAAAGAUCUUCACCAAGAGGUGGUAGUAACAGUAACAGCAACGGCAACAGAAAAAUCCCUUCGUUAGAGAAUGAUAUUCCGGCGUUCCGGCGGCCGGACUUGAACUCCGGAAGCCUUUUCGAUCCGAAUUUGCUUGCAGCGUUCGAGCAAGCGGUGAAGGAUCAUGCUAGAAUGGAAGAAGAACAAAGGAGAGCCAGAGUUGAAACAGAGUCUCCACAGAGAGUUGAAGAUGAUGACCCUGACAUUGACCCUUUGAUGUCCUUUGAGGAGAAGUGUCCACCGGGGGGCGAUGGCACCGUGAUUUUCUACACCACCACGCUUAGGGGAAUCCGAAAGACGUUCGAAGACUGCAACAAAAUUCGCUUCCUCCUCCAGAGUUUCAAGGUUUUGUACUUUGAGAGGGACAUUUCAAUGCACAAGGAGUUCAGGGAUGAGUUGUGGAGCAGUUUGGAGGGGAAAUUGGUGCCUCCAAGGCUUUUUGUUAAGGGGAGGUACAUUGGUGGGGCGGAAGAAGUUUUGAGUUUGCAUGAGCAAGGAAAGCUCAGGAAAAUAUUUGAAGGGCUUCCAAUGGAUUGCUCUAGUGGUCCUUGUGAUGCAUGUGGAGGGAUAAGAUUUGUGUUGUGCUUCAAGUGUAAUGGAAGUCACAAGGUCAUGGAAGAAAAUGGAGAGAGCAAUGAGUGCCCUCACUGUAAUGAGAAUGGGUUGAUUGUGUGUCCUUAUUGCUGCUAGCUGAUGGAGAAUAUCAGUUAACACUUAUGUCUUCUACCUACAGUAAGAGUUUGUACUUAAUUGAAUUUGUGGGAACUGGAUUUUUUUUUUUCUUUCUAUUUUUGGGUGGUGGUGAUUCUUUCAAUUUUUUUUACUGGUGAUAGGCACUUGCAUUGCCUAUUUGUACUGUUCUUGGACCAAAAAUCUGAAGAUCUUCAAAUUUCAGAUUUAGUGUGCCUUUCCAUUGUAUCUAGUUUUAUACCUUAUCAUAAAAGGAUUCGGCUGGUUGAAA